ACUACACAGGAUGAAGUGAAUCUGGCAAUAACAAUUAGCAGAAGACGAAGAAGAAGGAGAGCAGGUGAAACCGAAGCGAUCCAAUAUGAUAUUUUGGUCACGAACACCGGACGUAUUUGACUGAUGGUGGCGAAUGUUGGCUCGCACUUUGUUAGUCUGUUGGGUACUGGCCGCGUGCAGUGAGCCUGGGCUGCGAGAAGGCUUUACAGUGGAUCAGAUAACGGACCGACACAGUGGAGAUGGAGAAUCGGCUGCCAUUUUCCAGUAAGACUUGAUUACACCAGGUUAGCAUAAACAGCAUGGAGAUAAGCACUAAAAACAUUAAAGAUAAGGACUGUGUAUGGGAGGCUGCCCCCCAUAACCAGGAACUGCUUUGUAUUAAAGAGGAGCAGCAGGACUACAAAUGGGAGGCUGUCCUCCCUAAGCAUGAGGGUCUCCGCAUUAAAGAAGAGGAACAUGACUGUGAAGUGGGAUCUGUCCAGUUUAAACAGGAGAGUCUCUGCAUUAAGGAGGAGGAUUAUGAACUGGGGUCUUUGGGCAUUCAAGAAGAUUCUGGGCAGAGGUCUAUUACAGUUGACUCACCAAAACAUGAAAUUUCAGCCAACAUCAAGGAAGAAGACCAUAAUUCUGAGCGCAUCUUUCAGUUUGGAUUAGACUGGCCUCAGAACACUUCUAAGGAGAACAGCAUCUGUACUGUCAAUGUGAAGUCUGAGUCCUCAAUGUGUGCCGUCCUGAAGAGUGAGAAAAUAACAUUAAAAGAUGAACUGUCCUCAACAAGUCACACUGGAGAUGAUUUAGAAGACAGUGGCAAUUUCUCCUCUUCAUUUGGUCAGACUUCACUACAACAGACACCGCUCAAUGAAAACAUUAAGGAGCUGACAACUGCAUCAGAUAUUUUGGUACCAGCCUCACUGCAGUAUACUUCAUCGCCUACCGUGAAGCUUGCAAGUUUAGUUGCUAACAAUCCACCUCAGCAAGUGAAAAGUACUAAUCCAUCAUCUUUGUUUGUCUGCCAAGAGCAAGGGAAGAGUGUUAAAGGUAAACUUGAAUGCAAAAAUAAUCAGUGGAGUGAAACAAAAGAGAAGCCAUUCUGCUGUUCUGAGUGUGGCAAACAAUUCUCUCAAAUGAGUUGUCUAAAGAAGCAUAAAAAUGUUCAUACUGGAGAGAAGCCGUAUUCCUGUUCUGAGUGUGGUAAACGAUUCACUCGGAUGAGCAGUGUUCAGAAACACACAAGAAUUCACACUGGUGAGAAACCAUUUUGCUGUUCUAAAUGCAGCAAGCUGUUCUCCCAAAGUGGCAGUCUUCAAAAGCACACAAGAAUCCAUACUGGGGAGAAGCUGUAUUGCUGUUCUGAAUGUGGAAAACGAUUCUACACCAGCUGCAAUCUUCAAUGCCACACAAGAAUACACACUGGAGAGAAGCCCUAUUCCUGUUCUGAAUGUGGCAAACGAUUCUUAAAAAUUGGCAGUCUUCAGAUACACAAAAGAAUUCACACUGGAGAGAAGCCAUAUUGCUGUAAUGAGUGUGGAAAACUGUUUUCCCAUAGGAGUAGUCUUCAGAAACAUACUAGAACUCACACUGGUGAAAAGCCAUAUUGCUGCUCUGAAUGUGGCAGGCAAUUUUCCCAAAUGAGCUAUCUUCAGAUCCACACAAGAACUCACACUGGAGAGAAACCCUAUUGCUGUUCUGAAUGUAGCAAUCGAUUCUCUACCAGUAGCCAUCUCCAGAUACACACAAGAAUUCACACUGGAGAGAAGCCAUACAUCUGUUCAGAAUGUGGUAAACAAUUUUCAAAAAUUGGCAGUCUUAAAAUACACAGAAGAAUUCACACCGGAGAGAAGCCGUAUUGCUGUUCUGAAUGUGGAAAACUAUUUUCCCAAAAUAGUAGUCUUCGGAAACACAUAAGAACUCAUACCGGAGAAAAGCCAUAUAGCUGUUCUGAAUGUGGCAAGCGAUUUUCACAACUGGGCAGUCUUCAAGUACACACAAGAAUUCAUACUGGGGAGAAACCGUACUGCUGUUCUGAAUGUAGCAAACGAUUCUCAAAAAUGAGCAGCCUUCAGAUUCACUUAAGAACUCACACUGAAAAGAAGAAUGGUUAAGUUGAGAAGAAAGGAGAGUGAAAUAUGUGUUCAAUGCUGCAUCUAAUGAUGUACGUCUUAUUGGAGUACCUUCAUGUGGUGGCUUUAAUGUAAAGUAUAUCUAGUAAACCAAGACAAAGCUACUUUCAUAAUAUGAAAGGACGAAAACAAAAUUAAUUCUGGCUGCAGAUUUGCUUUGAUAAAUAUACUGCCCACGCUCCACAUCUAUGCUAGGUUAGCAAUAGUGUAACUUCACAAGUGUGGUUUCAGACCAAAUGGACAAGCUUUCUGGUCACAUUGUAAUGUAAGAGAUAAAAGCACAUUAUCGUACCUCCGUUUAAAAAAAAAAAGUCCUCCUUCAGCUGUAGGGCUUAAAUGUGUGUGACGCAACCUUUUUAAAAAAGCAUUUUUUAUGUGAUUAUUAUUUUUUUUUUUUUGGAUAUCCUGCAUUUGAGUAUUUUCUUUGUUACAAAACACCAACCAAAAGACCAACCUCAACCAAAGAGGGGGGCUGGUUAAUCCAGGUAGUCACAAUUGGAGAUAAAUCCCAAGAAAGCAGACAAGCUUAGAGUUACUUUAGCAAAAUUGUCUGAGCAACAUGCUACACAGCCACCCCUACCAGCACUGCCACCACUGUGAUCGCUGUGAUUCAUUGCUGCACAACAGCAGCCGUUCACCCAUCCUGAUCUGCAGCUUCCACCAGUGCAUAAUAAGAACAUUGAUGCAGAACAGAGUAUGAUACAGAAGUAAAACAGUUACAAACUGGAUAGACCACAUUUUGAAAGAGGGGUAAAUGACAUUUGAGACAAGAGUGACCUUAAAUUAGAAAUUGUUAAUUAGAGCAUGUGGAAUACACUUAAGAAAUUUUAAGAAGGCAACUUGUAAGAUGAAUUAUUGUUGUCCUGAUGGAAUAAUCCAACAAAAUUCAUCUUGAGUUCUUCAGCAAAUGCCAUGAUAACACAGUGAAGUAAAACCCUGGAAAUGAAAAGGCCAAAUAGCUUAGCCGGCAAAUAUUUCCAAAGAACUUUCAUUAUUAGAAUUCAGUGCUAAAUUACAUAUAAUUCUUAGAUGAAGAAAGUGUGCUUCUCUAUAGUAGGGAGAAAGCAUUAUCAUGAAAGAAAUGGGAUCAUUAUUUUUCCUAACUUUACAGCUGAAAUUGUAGAAAGCAGAGUAUUCUAUAAUGUUAUUCAUUAAUAAUUUGGGAAUACGCCAUGGUUGUAUGUAUCCAGCUAGAACAAACCUGACAAUUGGAUGCUGAGAAGGUCAUGAAACUUCAUCGCUGACUGAAUAAGUAAAGUAAGCCUGGCCUUACAGAGACUAGCUGUGGACAUCUGGAAAUGCAAAGGAAAAAGAAUAUAUUUUGUGAAGACUGACACUAUAGCAUUUAUUACUAUAGAUGCCAUUAACAUUAUACUAUUUUAUUAAUAUAAAAGGUAAAGAUAGUCUGACUUGUAGAUAUUAUUGUACACCUUAUCUCUCGGUGUUGAUACUAUUUUAGACUUAAUUAGUACUAUAUUGUUAUGGCAAAAUACGAUGGUUGUCAUUUGUUAAUAGUACUGGCGAUACUGAAGAAACUAUAUCAGGUUUUCCAUUUCUCACUAGAAACAUAUAAACUAUUUUUAACAAUGAUGAUCUCAUUCUAUAUUUUCUUUAUGUAACUGAGUUUUUUCCCCUUUUAAGGGUAAAAAAAUUGCAGAAUUUUAAAGAGACAGUAGACUGUUACACUUUAUCAAUAAUAACAGCCCAAUUAUAGUGUUACUUCCUAACUCCGAUAUGAACACUUUUAGAGCUGUUGUACAGUAAUGUUUAUGUAACUCGAUAGACUUGAACUAUUAAAAACAUGAACAGCACGUGCAAUAUGCAGUUUUGUAGCACAUCCUAGUUAGCCUAAGCCUUUUAUUCAUCAGUAAUUGUACUGAUGUAUUCUGUACGUGUGAACGUGAUGCCCUAUGACCUCAUACUAGAAGAUAUUAACAAUAUAAUUAGUAUUAAUAUUCUACAGGAGUUUCUAUCAUUUUUCCAAAUAUGGGAAAUUGUCCAGCUUUAACUAGCACAUUAGACUUUAGUACCAUUAUACCUAACACUGUAGCUGAUAUUAAAGCAGUGUGCCUCAUUUUACCUUCUAGAACACAUUUUUACACAACAAUGUAGAACAAAGUGCUUUACAAGGUGACAAAAAGUACAUUACAAGAAAAGAAAAACAAAUAAGAUUAGGCAAUAAUAUUAAAGAAUAAGUGACAAAGGAAAAAGGUUAAGGGCAGAUGACCGGGAGGACAGACAAAAAAAAACAACAAAAAGCAAACUCUCAAGUUAGGCUGGAGAAAAAAAAA